CAGAGCAAAUGGAAAAAAGUAGGAACGGAACACGAGGAGAAGGAGGAGACAAUUCAUUACAAAUCCCACCGUUUUGUUUGUGAUCCCCCCAACUUUGAAAUUUGAGCUCAAACCCCACACCACACACACAAAAUCCCAGUUUUUACCCGAAGAAAUCGAGAGAGAGAGAGAGAGUUUUCAACACAACAUUCUACUGGUCAUGAGCAACUGGUUAGGUUUCUCUCUUACUCCCCACCUCAGACUCAAUGGCGAAGGUUAUGAGAGGGAAGAAGACGGCCAUGGUGCCUCUUCCCGUGCGACGUCGCUCAUGCCUCUGCGUUCAGACGGUUCUGUUUUCGAUGCGAACAUUUUCAGGCCUUCUCAUGGCCCAGAUUGGAGAUAUGAUGAGAACACAAUGGGUGAGACGAAUCCAAACGUGGAGAUUCCAAAGCUUGAAGAUUUCUUGGGAAGUUGUUACUCAAACACUUCUCCCACUGACUCAGAAGAUUAUGCUAACAGCCAAACCCAACAAGAAAGAAUCAACGUUAACGUGCAACCAAUCUUCAACAACUCUACUGGGGAAAUGGAGGAAUCUGAGGGGAAUCUGAAUCUCACAAACCCAACUUUUCUCCAACCUUACAACCAUUACAAUGGCAACCCUCAAAAUGGAAUUGCGAGCACUCUGUUCCAAAAGUGUGAUUUGAAUUGCAGCCCUAAUCUUAGCAAUGGCAUGACCCAUGUGCCAUUUUAUGGUGCGAAUUCGAUUUCCGGGUUCAAGUCUUGGUUGAGGGAAACACCGGCUUAUUGCGGAAACCCUUCAGCUGAAGCAGAUGAUGGUGGUUUUCGGCCUCUAUCGCUGACCGUGAGGCCGAGCGUAAACCAUGGUGGUGUUACGGUGGCUGCGCCUUUGCAGGCGGUGGAUGGCCAAAAAAGGUCGGGGGCCGUGAAAUCGACGAAGAGAGAAGCAGUGGCCCGGAAAUCUAUUGAGACUUUUGGGCAAAGGACUUCUCAAUAUCGUGGUGUUACGAGGCAUCGGUGGACCGGAAGAUACGAGGCUCACUUGUGGGACAACAGCUGCAGAAAAGAAGGGCAAACAAGGAAAGGAAGGCAAGUUUAUUUAGGUGGUUAUGAUAAGGAAGAUAAAGCAGCUAGGGCUUAUGAUUUAGCAGCUUUGAAGUACUGGGGCCCAUCUACCCAUAUCAAUUUCCCUCUAAGCACUUAUGAGAAAGAGCUUGAAGAAAUGAACAACAUGACCAGGCAGGAGUUUGUAGCCAUGUUAAGAAGGAAAAGUAGUGGGUUUUCAAGAGGGGCUUCAAUGUACAGAGGAGUGACAAGGCACCAUCAACAUGGGAGGUGGCAAGCUCGGAUAGGAAGGGUUGCUGGCAAUAAGGACUUGUACCUCGGCACUUUUAGUACACAAGAGGAAGCAGCUGAAGCAUAUGAUAUCGCAGCGAUCAAAUUCAGGGGGACCAGCGCUGUUACCAAUUUUGAUAUCAGCCGGUACGACGUCAAGAGGAUUUGCUCGAGCUCAACCCUCAUCGGUGGGGACCAAGCCAAGCAUUCCUCGGUGGAUUUGGCUCCAAUUUCUACGGUCAAGGAUUACAAUUCUUGUGCUUCAUCUGCUUCACCUCAGCCGCUUCUCUCGAUAUCAAACGGUGAUCACACAACUGAUGAAUUAAUGGCGAGCGAUAUGGUGUGGGGUACUUCCAAUGAGGCAUCGUUGGUGGAUCCCGGAGGCCCAGAAGGCUGUGUCGCGGCACAGGGUCACUGGUGCGGAGAUAGCAAUAAUGGGAGUGAGAACAGUGGUGGGAAUCGGCUAGGAAGUCAUCUGGGUUUGGUCCAUGAUCAGGUUCCAGUGUUUGCACUCAUAUGGAAUGAGUGAGAAUACAUACGCUACGAAUGAGUUUUAAGUUUUGCUACUAGUUCACUAGAAAAAGAGUUGUAGGUUUAGGAGAUCAAUGUACGCACACAACCCCGGGCACAAUAGCGUUGGGAACCGUUCGAUGCUUUUGGCCCAUGUGUAUUGAACGGUUCCGGGUUCCAGCCUUCGUGUCAUGAAUUAAUGAUUUUCUUGACACAGUUAUGUCCAGAGUUGUGUUUUAAAGUCGUGUGCGUAGUAUUGCUCUCACGAGAUAGCUAACGACAGAAAUUAGUGAAGGAAUCUAUACAGUGCUGGUGGGUGUAGAGGUUUCAAAGUACUGUACUUGGAAUCUAAUAUGGCCUGGCUUUUUGACUGUUUUAAGCUGAUAGUGACCCUUGACUUUUUAAAAGGAGAGAAUUUUAUGUUGGAUUUCAUUUGGGUAUUUUUGGCUU